AUGAGAGGCCCGGGCCGAGGUUCGGAGAAGAAGGACAAAUUCCGUGCAACGAAGCUUGUAGAGAAACUGGCUGCCGCUGAGAACACCACCGCCGGAGAAGAGCCUGCGGAAGGGGAAGACAAGAAGAAAGCAAAGAAAGAGAAAAAGGACAAGAAGGAAAAGAAGGAAAAGAAGGAAAAGAAAGACAAAAAGCCCGCUCCUGAAGCUGCCGAAUCCGCAGCCCCCGCCGAAUCUGAAGCACCCCCCACCGCCGCUCCUGAGGACGCCUCCAGCCCCUCCAAAAAGCGCAAGCGUGACACCACCACCUCUGAGAUCGAGAUCGACGUCACCCUCCCCGAGCCACCCUCCAAGAAGGCCCUCCGCAAACUCAAAAAGCACCCCGACCUCGCCGACAAGCUCAUCAAGCCCUCCCCCGUCGCCGCCCCCGGCACCACCCCCAAGCCCGCCGAAGAGUUUCCCGAACACUCCUCGCAGGCGCGCUCCAAAUGGGGCAUCUGGAUCGGCAACCUCGGCUUCUCCACGACCCGCCCGCAGCUCGAGGAGUUCCUCACGCGCCCGCCGUCCACCAUCCAGCGCAUCGAGGUCACGCGCAUCAACCUGCCCACGGACCCGCACACGAAGCGCAACAGGGGCUUUGCCUACAUCGACUUUGCGAACCAGAAGGCGCUUGACUACGCGCUCACGCUCACGGAGACGCUCUUCCUCGGCCGCAAGGUGCUCAUCAAGAACGCCAACGACUUCUCCGGCCGCGGCAGCGGCACAAACCCCGAUGGCAGCGGUGGCCCCGUUAAGCUCGGACCUAACUUGGCGAGUAAGCCGCCGAGUAAGAUCUUGUUUGUGGGCAACCUGGACUUUGCGACGACCGACGAGGACCUGAAGAGCCAUUUUGCGUUCGCGGGGCCCAUCCAGAAGAUCCGGCUGGCGACGUUCGAGGAUACGGGCAAGUGCAAGGGGUUUGGCUUCGUCGACUUCGAGGACAUCGACUCUGUGAAGCGCGCUAUGCUGGGGCUGUCGGCGGAGGAGGAGGCGGCGAAGGCGGGGCUGGAGGGGAAGGAGGAGGAGGAGCUGGCGAAGCGCCAGAGGAAGAGGAGGUUCUUGGGGACGAGGCAGAUCAAGAUGGAGUAUGGCGAGGACUCGAGCGUGAGGUACAAGAAGCGCUUUGGGAAGGAGAGGCCGGAUGGGGAGAAGGAGAGGGAGAGGGGGGAGAGGGUCGAGGUGGAGGAGCGCGAGCCUCGGCAGAAGAGGGCGCCGAGGAAGGAGGAUGAUUGGGCGGAGAGGGCGUGGGAGGAGAAGAGGCAGAGGCAAGAUAAGAGGGACUCGAACCCCGGCGCGGUGUACAGUAAUGAUGUGAGGAGGACGGGCGCCAUCACGGAGAGUAAGGGGACGAAGAUGAAGUUUGACUAG